AUGCUCUGGGGAUUGAUCGGCAAGAAGACACAGAUACCGGAUGCAGCCAAGGCGCUGCCCGGGAGGCAGGAGAAGAUACAGGUGCCGGCGGCGCAUUUCGUGAACGGCCAUCCGCUGGCGCCGCCCUACCCCGAAGGCAUGGAGAAGGCGGUGUUCGGCCUGGGUUGCUUCUGGGGGGCGGAGCGCUGUUUCUGGCAGCUCGACGGCGUCUACACCACGGCGGUGGGCUACGCCGGGGGAAUGACGCCCAAUCCCACCUACGAGGAAGUGUGCACGGGCAUGACCGGGCACAACGAGGUGGUGCUGGUGGUGUUCGAUCCCAAGGCGGUGAGCUACGAUGAGCUCCUCAAGGUGUUCUGGGAGGCUCACGAUCCGACCCAGGGCAUGCGCCAGGGCAAUGACGUGGGCACGCAGUACCGCUCGGGGAUAUACACAUACGGCAACGGCCAGAACGAGGCCGCGGAAGCCUCGCGCGAACGCUAUCAGGCGGAGGUAUCAAAGGCGGGCUACAGCGGCAUCACCACCGAGGUCCUGGACGCCGGCGAAUUCUAUUUCGCGGAAGACUAUCACCAGCAGUAUCUCGCCAAGAAUCCCUGGGGAUACUGCGGGCUGGGCGGCGUCGGCGUGAGCUGCCCGGUGGGGUAG